UAACAGUCUUUGUUAUUUUAUUAGCAGGAUGCCUUGAGACACACGCAGCAUCUGGCGGAGGAUUAACAUACAUACAUGUGUAUGUAUGCGUCACGUAUAUAUUUACUGCAAAUGGUGGGGAUCAUUUAGUGCCCGAGAUGGGAGACCUGAAGUCAGGUUUUGAAGAGGUGGAUGGCGUGAGGCUCGGCUACCUCAUCAUUAAAGGAAAGCAAAUGUUUGCCCUCUCCCAAGUCUUCACAGAUCUGCUGAAAAACAUCCCGAGGACGACCGUGCACAAGCGCAUGGAUCAUCUAAAAGUGAAAAAGCACCACUGCGAUCUGGAAGAGUUGCGGAAACUCAAGGCAAUCAACAGCAUCGCCUUCCACGCCGCCAAAUGCACGCUCAUCUCCCGGGAAGACGUGGAAGCUCUCUACACCUCCUGCAAAACCGAGCGUGUCCUCAAGACCAAGCGCAGGAGGGCCGGCCGGGCCCUGGUCACAAAGGCGCCGCCGCCAGAGCGCGCCGCCGCCGCCAGCCCCCGCCCGGGGUUUUGGAAGGACAAGCACCAACUUUGGCGGGGCCUAAGCGGAGCCGCGCGGCCCCUGCCAAUCAGCGCGCAGUCCCAGCGCCCCGGCGCCGCCGCUGCGCGCCCCGCCGCCCAUCUACCUCAGAUUUUUAGCAAAUACCCGGGCUCGCACUACCCGGAAAUCGUACGCUCGCCUUGCAAACCCCCUCUAAACUAUGAAACUGCCCCGCUCCAGGGAAACUACGUCGCCUUUCACUCGGACCCUGCUUAUUUUCGGAGCCUUCUGUGCAGCAAGCAUCCGGCCGCUGCUGCCGCCGCCGCCGCCGCCGCCGCCGCUGCCGCAGCCGCCGCCGCCGCCUACUACCAGGCGUCGGCUCCUGGGCCCCAGCCCAAGGCGGCGGCGGGCGCCGGAGGCCCGGUGAACCUGACCUACCGGUGCAAGCGCAAGCGCGGGGGCUCUAAGGACUGCCUGCUCGCGCCCCACGCUGGCGCCCGGCGCCUGCUGCUGCUGCCCAGAUCCUACAAAGCCAAGGCGGCGGCCGCGGCGGCGGCUGCAGCCGCAGCGGCGGCGGCGGCGGCUGCUGGGGCCACUUGCCUGGAGAGGUUUCAUCUGGUCAACAGCUUCUGCCCGCCUCCCCAUCACCACCACCACCACCACCACCACCAUCACCACCACCACCACCACCGGGCCCAGCAGCCGCAGCCGAAUCACCACCCCCCUCACCACCACCGGCCGCAGCCCCAUCUAGGCAGCUUUCCCGAGAGCUGUAGCAGCGACUCCGAGUCCAGUUCCUACUCGGACCAUGCAGCCAACGACUCGGAUUUUGGCUCCAGUUUGUCCAGUUCCAGCAACUCUGUGUCCUCGGAGGAAGAGGAGGAGGAAGGAGAGGAGGAGGAAGAAGAGGAGGAGGAGGAAGAGGGGGGCAGUGGGGCCUCGGAUUCCAGUGAAGUCAGCUCCGAGGAGGAGGACUCGUCCACGGAGUCAGACUCCAGCUCCGGCUCCAGCCAAGUGUCAGUGCAGAGCAUCCGUUUCAGGCGCACCAGUUUCUGCAAGCCUCCCAGUGUGCAGGCGCAGGCCAACUUCUUGUACCAUCUGGCCUCCGCCGCCGCUGCAACCAAACCCGCUGCUUUCGAGGAUGCCGGCAGACUUCCCGACCUCAAAAGUAGUGUCAAAGCGGAGUCACCAGAGGAGUGGAAUCUGCAGAGUUGGGCCCCCAAAGCGUCUCCGGUGUACUGCCCGGCCAGCCUGGGGAGUUGUUUCCCAGAGAUAAGGAACGAUAGGGUAUCUGAGAUUACAUUCCCACACUCUGAAAUUUCCAGUACUGUAAAGAGAACUGACCUGACAAUUAACUGCCUGGCAGAGGGGGCCUCUUCACCUAGCCCAAAGACAAACAAUGCAUUUCCACAACAAAGAAUACUCCGAGAGGCUAGGAAAUGCCUACAAGCUACUCCUACUACACACUGUGCAGAUAACAACACAAUAGCUGCUAGGUUCUUAAAUAAUGAUUCUUCAGGAGCAGCAGCAAAUUCAGAAAAAGAUUCCAAAAUCCUUCAUUGUCCUGAAUUUGCUACGGAUUUGCCCUCUUCACAAACUGAUCCUAAAGUGGAUGCAGCAGCAGUAGCAGCAACUAAAGUGGAGAAUCUGUGCACUGACACAGGCGACAAGACUUUGUCAUUUCUGCACAAUAUUAAAAUCAAAGUAGAAGACAGUAGUGCUAAUGAAGAAUAUGAACCUGAUCUUAUUACAAAUAAGCUAAAGUGCGAGUGCAAUGAUACAAAGGGUGAGUUUUACAGUGUGACUGAAAAUAAAGAGGAGGACGCCUUGUUAACCACAGCCAAGGAAGGUUUUGCAUGCCCUGAAAAAGAAACUCCUUCCUUAAAUCCACUGGCUCAGAGUCAGGGCCUUUCAUGCACUUUAGGUUCUCCAAAACCUGAGGAUGGGGAAUAUAAAUUUGGUGCCAGGGUGAGAAAAAAUUACCGAACACUAGUACUGGGAAAACGACCUGUCCUUCAGACACCUUCAGUCAAACCAAAUUUGAAAUCAGCUAGAAGCCCUCGUCCUACAGGUAAAACUGAGACACAUGAAGGAACACUGGAUGACUUUACAGUUAUAAACAGACGCAAAAAGGUAGCCAGCAAUGUAGCAUCAGCAGUGAAAAGGCCGUUUAAUUUCAUGGCAAAUUUUCCUUGUCCACCAUCACUCAUUAUUGGGAAGGAUGGGGACUUGUGGCCAGCGUAUUCUUUAAACACCACUAAGGAUUCCCAACCUCCUCACAAGGCCCAUCCUAUAUGGAAAUGGCAGCUGGGCGGUUCUGCAAUACCUCUUCCACCUAGUCACAAAUUCAGGAAAUUUAAUUCAUAAAAAUGUUUUGGAAGAUAUUUUCUUGAACCAUAUUACCUUCCUUUUGUUGUAAACUGCACAGGAUGGUUUGUACAAGUCCAUUAAUGGUGUUACAUCCCCUUUGGAGUCCUGGUUUAUCGCAUUUUGAAGACAGAAAUCGGAUUACUUUUUUUCCAU